CAGCAGCAUGGCGGCGGCGGGGCAGGAAGAAGACCAAGAUCAGGAUGCUGUAGGUGGACAGAAGAUUAUUAAUCAUACAUUUCUUUCUUUUUCACAAAUAACUGCUUUGUCAGAACAAAAUGUAGAAGGACUUCAAAAAAAGCUGGCAGAGUUUCUGAAUUUUAAACAAUUGAAGACAUCUUUGAAGGAAGCUAUUCUGCUAGACUAUUAUACUGCAGGAUUUUGUUGGGCAAAAGAAAUGAAUUUCAGUCUCAUGCAGAUGUCACAAUACAUGGAUCUCUUAAACUUCCUGUUAGAGAACCUCAGUGACAGACAUAUGGCCUUAGAAGAUAACAUAAAGGAACUUGGAAGAGCAAUGGCUGGAAUAGGAGAAACUGAUUCAGAUAGAAGUGGUAACUUGGAUAUCUUCAGCAUUGACCAAGCCAAAGCAAUCAUUGAUUACAUGAAUAUCAGCUUAUUUCGACUCUAUAAAUUGUAUGAAUAUAUCUUCCACAGUCCUAGAGAGGAACAUGUGAUAAGUAAUGAGUAUAUAGUUGAACUUGCCCCACCUGCAGUUACCCCCUUCCCUGCUCCAUCUGAGGAAGGUACAUCUGAUAUCUAUGCAUCACUGUCAGCAUCACCAAUAGCUGCAGAUAUAGAACCUAAGGGGUCUGAUCAAGAAGGUCUCCUGGGAGAGCCCAGCCCAGAGGCAGAGUCCUCUGAGGCAGGUGCUGUGGCUGUUUUCACUGGUGAAGAUCAGAAGCUCGCAGUCCUUCCGAAUCCCAAAUGAAACUAUUGGCAACCUUGAGGCAGACUUAAAUGAAAAGCAGCAAAUGCAAGAAGCUUCAACUUUGAGGACAGAAAAAUUAAAAGAUCUUAACUAGCCAAAUGAGAAAGAUGAUGCUGUAUUUUUCAGAAACUGAGGUUUGGUAGGUGAUGCGCCAAACGUCAUUAUUUUGGUGUACAGGAAAAUGCUUCACUUAACUGUUAACUAGAAAUAGUUCAUUUCAGUUCCUCAAAUUUACUCUCUUCUGCCAGUGUUGUUGUUUAGCUUAGACUUAAGUGGGAGGCUGUAAACAGAAGGAUAUGUAAUUCAAGCAUGUUGAAGUUCAGUUUAU